AUGAGAAGCUGCAAGAUGGUCCGAGUGGUGAGUGUUCUGGGGCUAGUGAUGGUCAGCGUGGCUCUCUUGAUUUUGUCCUUGAUCAGCUACGUGUCCCUGAAAAAAGACAACAUCUUCACCACUCCCAAAUAUGCCAACACGGGAGUGCCAAGAAUGUACAUGCUCCAUGCCGGAUUUAGGUCACAGUUUGCACUGAAGUUCCUUGAUCCUUCCUUUGUACCCAACACAAAUUCCUUGAAUCAGGAGGUGCAGGACAAAUCGCCCAAGUGGACAUUCAACAGAACAGCGUUCUUACAACAAAGACGAGAAAUCCUUCAGCAUGUGGACGUGAUCAAAAACUUUUCUUUAACAAAGAACAUGGUACGGAUCGGACAGCUGAUGCAUUAUGAUUAUUCCAGCCAUAAGUACGUCUUCUCCAUUAGCAAUAGCUUCCGCUUGUUGCUUCCGGAUGUCUCGCCGAUUCAGAACAAGCACUACAACAUUUGCGCUGUUGUGGGAAACAGUGGAAUUCUUCUCGGCAGUCAGUGCGGGCAGGAAAUAGACAAAUACGAUUUUGUUUUCCGUUGCAAUUUUGCACCCACCGAAGCAUUCCAGAAAGAUGUUGGAAAGAAAACCAACAUCACCACUUUUAACCCGAGCAUUUUGGAGAAGUAUUACAACAAUCUUUUGACCAUUCAAGAUCGCAAUAACUUUUUUCUAAGCUUGAAGAAGCUGGAUGGAGCUAUUCUCUGGAUUCCAGCUUUUUUCUUCCAUACUUCAGCCACUAUUACCAGAACUUUGGUAGACUUCUUUAUUGAGCAUCGAGGACAAUUAAAAGUCCAGUUGGCUUGGCCAGGAAAUAUAAUGCAACAUGUUAACAGGUACUGGAAAAACAAGCAUUUGGCCCCCAAGCGACUCAGCACAGGUAUCUUGAUGUACACCCUUGCAUCCGCGAUUUGUGAUGAAAUCCACCUGUACGGGUUUUGGCCCUUUGGCUUCAACCCAAACAACAGAGAGGAUCUUCCCUACCACUAUUUUGACAAGAAAGGAACCAAGUUUACUACAAAAUGGCAAGAAUCCCAUCAGCUGCCUGCCGAAUUCCAGCAGCUCUUUCGAAUGCAUGGUGAAGGACUUGCAAAACUGACUUUAUCCCACUGUGCCUAA